UGAAAACGACGUCGUAUCCCCAGUGUCUGAAAAACGCCUCAUCGUCGACGUCUUCAUCCUCUUGAAAACUGAAGCAAAACAAACAGCAAAGAAAGAUAAACAGAUACAGAUAGAUAGUAUAGGAUUCCGUGCAUUCCAAUUUCGAAACCACAAACCCUAAUUUCCAUUGCACGCUUCAUUUCUAUUUUCUUUUCACAACAACGUUGACUUCAACGAAGCCUCUGUACCGAAACCAUGUCGUCGUGGCUGAGAUCCGCCGUCAACAAAGCCGUCGAGGUCGGCAACAAGAACAACCUCACUAACACCGUCAAAAAAUACGCCGACACCGUCGUUCAACACGCCGGUCAAGCCGUUGCUGAAGGCGCCAAAAUCCUUCAUGAUCGCAUUUCAGCUAGGAACUAUAGAAGUGUUGCACAGACGGUUAAAAGAUUGGAAGAAGCUGCUAUCUCGCAUCGAGGACCUGAGAGAGUUCAGUUGCUUAGGAGAUGGCUUGUUGUUCUUAAAGAGAUUGAGAAUUUGUCCGGAGCUUCGGCUGAAGGUAAAGAGAAGACUCUCGAGCAGCACCUUGCUGUUGAAGAUAUUAAGGAGAAUCCACAGAGACCUUCUCUGGUUCUUUAUUAUGAUUCUGAUGUUGGAGGAGAACCACUAAAUUUUCGCGAUGUUUUUCUUCAAAGUCAGGCACUCGAGGGUAUAACACUAUCAAUGGAACCAAGAUGCACCGUUUGUUUAAUUUUUAUGUUCGAUGUUGAUCUAUCUCUCAAGCACACCAAAUAUAGGACAAAACCAAUACGGCAUAUUUUGUCCCUUUUUAACCUGUAUACCUACUACUACCGUAGUGCUUCAAGAAGUCCUGGCAAAAAGGGUGCAGACAGAGUAGCUUGUUUACAAUACAUUUGUGAAGUGAGGCAUGACAUUAACUUGAUUAUUGAAGCUCCAAACGAGGAAGAGGUUUCCCUUCUCCUGGAGAUGUUUGGGCUUUGUCUUACUGGGAGAAAAGAAGUUCAUAAUGCCAUAGUAAGCAGCUUACAAGAUUUGGCAACAGCAUUUUCAAGCUACCAAGAUGAAGUACUGGUGAAGCGAGAGGAAUUGCUUCAGUUUGCGCAACGUGCCAUCACUGGGUUGAAAAUCAAUUCUGAUCUCGCAAGAAUAGAUGCUGAAGCCUCUAGUCUUAGGAAGAAGCUCAGUGAGAUAACAACUUCACAGGGGGUUGUGAAUAAAGUUGAUUAUAAAGCUGCGGAGGAAACAGAAGCAACCCUAAAGGCUUUAAAAGUUGCACUUGGACAGAUUAGAAUUUGUUCCAGACUGGAAGGAUUAUUGCUGAAGAAAAAAAAUAUUAGCAAUGGAGACUCUCCUGAGGUUCAUGCCCAAAAGGUUGACAAGCUGAAGGUCUUAACAGAAUCUCUUGUUAACUCUGCUGCAAAAGCUGAAAAGCGUAUUUCUGAUAACAGACAACAAAAAGAGGAGGCGUUAAAAGUUCGUGUGACUAAAGGUGGUGAAACUAGUGAAAAGGAGAAGGAACUGACAGCUGAGAUAUCUGAACUCCAACAGAAAAAAGAUGAUCUGGAAGCUGAACUGAAAAAGAUUAAUACUUCUUUGGCUGCUGCUCAAGCACGAUUGUGGAACGUGAGGGAAGAGAGAGACCAGUUUGAGGAAGCAAACAAUCAGAUAGUUGAGCAUCUGAAGAUAAAGGAAGAUGAACUUACGAAAUCAAUUAGCUCAUGUCGAGUAGAAUCAGAUGUCAUCAAAACGUGGAUUAACUUUCUGGAAGAUACUUGGGUUCUCCAGCAGUCAAAUACAGAAAUUUAUGAGAAGCAGGUCAGUGAUGAAUUGGAGAGACAUGAGGACUAUUUUGUGAACUUGGCCAUUCAGCUUCUUACUACUUACCAGAAAGAGUUGGAGCCUUGUAUUAACCAUAUUGGAACAUUUGUUGUAAACCUCAAGAAUUUGACUCAGAGGUUAGAAAUGACGACCAGUGCAGAUACUGAGGAUUCACAAGUAUUAAGUCCAAGGAGAAAUCUUGAGGAAGAAUAUUUGACCUAUGAAGCCAAGAUUAUUACCACUUUCAGUGUAGUGGAUAACAUGAAACAGCAGUUUUAUGCUCAACAGGGAAAUAUUUCCAGGAAAGAUGAAGAGAGAGUUAAAGAGCUGUUUGAUGCCAUUGAAAAGUUACAAACUCAUUUUGAGGCUAUAGAGAGGCCAGUUCUUGAAAUAGAGAGCCCACCUGUGAAGACUGAAACAUUACCUUCCGAGAAAAAGUCAGAUGGCACACCUUCACCUUCUGCUUCAGUUGGAGGUACUGAGUUUUCAAAGACAGAGACAAGUGAACAGCCAAAAUCACCUUCACUCAAAUCAGAUCAGGUAUUGGACCAUGAAGCUGAAUUAGCCAAGCUUGAAUCUGAGUUUGGAAAGGUUAGUACUCAAGAUUACUCGACAGAGGAAAUUAAUGAUUGGGAAUUUGAUGAGCUUGAAAGAGAAUUUGUAUCUGGUAGCAACAAGUGAUCAGUUCAAUCUCUGUUCCUUUUUAUUUUUUUAAUAUCAAUCUGUUCUUAGACAUUAAUGCUUGCUGUUGUAAUUUUAUAAAGAAGCAAGUGCAAGUGUUAGGAUAAAUCUGUAAGCUAUAGGUUGGCUGUUGAUGAAGCUUGCAAGAUCAGACGGGCCUUUGCAUCUGUAAAGAUUAAAGAUCAUAAUUUAUUAAUUUCCCUGUAAAGCACUGAAUUUGUAACACGUAGAUGGAGUCAUCAAAUGAUUUGUAAUGAUUAGCAUGGCUGUAAAUUUUAAACUAAGCUUAAGUUUGGUGCAUAGAUGAAUGUUGUUAUUUAUCA